AAUUUAAGGACCAAACACCAAAAAGAAAUCCUUGUUUUUGUUUUGUUGCGUAUGAAUUCAGCAAGAUGGCGUGGAGCUAAAGAAUCAUAUGCUACUCUUUAAUUAUAUGAUGCCCACUAAUCACUAUGCCUUAAUUAACCAUGAAAAUAGCGGGAAGGUCAACCGUUCAACCUUAAAGAGACUCCACUACUCUCUACUCACCUUCAAUUUCACUCUUCAACUCUCUCUGCAAAUGGGUAACUAUAGAAUGUGUAUGUGCUUCAUCAGGAAGUUCAAAGUCGUAGAGGCGGGGCCGCCUCCGGACGUUAAGGAUCACUUUAAGAAGUAUGCUAACGGCGCCACCCACAUGACUGCUGAGCAGCUCCGGACUUUCUUGAUGGAUGUCCAGGGUGAUGCUACUGCGUCGAUCGCCGAUGCUGAGAAGAUCGUUGAGCAGAUUUUGCACAAGAGGCAUCACAUUGCCAAGUUUACCAGGCAUACUUUCACACUUGACGAUUUUUACCAUUAUUUGUUCUCUGCAGAUCUCAAUCCCCCUACUCGGGAAAACCAGGUUCACCAGGAUAUGACAAAAUCAUUAUCCCACUACUUCAUAUAUACUGGCCACAAUUCUUACCUAACAGGAAACCAACUCAGCAGCGAUUGCAGUGAUAUCCCCAUCAUAAAUGCAUUGAAUAGAGGUGUAAGAGUGAUAGAGCUUGAUAUAUGGCCAAAUUCCACCAAGGAUGAUAUAAAUGUUCUACAUGGAAGGACCCUGACAACUCCGGUGGAAUUCAUCAGGUGCUUGAAAUCCAUAAAAGAACAUGCCUUUUCAUUCUCUCCAUAUCCUGUCAUAAUAACUCUUGAAGACCACCUUACCCCAGAUCUUCAAGCUAAAGCAGCUCAGAUGAUUAUUGAGACAUUUGGGGACAUUCUCUAUUAUCCUGAAUGCGAAUGUUUAGAAGUGUUCCCUUCUCCAGAAGAUUUGAAGCAUCGCAUAAUUAUUUCAACCAAACCUCCCAAAAAGUAUCCUAAGUCUAAAACAGUCAAGCACAAGGGAAAUAAAUCUCAGAAGGAUAAGGAUCCUGAUGAUGAUGUAUGGGGAAAGGAGCCAUCAGAAAAUGUAUCUGAUCAAGAAGAUAGUGACUCGAGCGAUAGUUGUACAAGCGAAGAUAGUGAUGAUGAGUCAAGCCAUGUUGGAGUAGAUGCAUACAAGCGACUAAUUGCAAUUCGUGCAAUAAAGCGCAAGGGUGGAUUAAAAGAGUCACUAAAAGUUGAUACCAAUAAUGUUAGACGCCUUAGUUUGAGUGAGAAAAUACUGGAAAAGGCCACUGACAAUCACGGAAUGGAUGUGAUUAGGUUCACCCAGAAAAAUUUCUUAAGGGUGUAUCCUAAAGGCACUCGUUUUAACUCUUCCAACUACAAGCCACUAAUUGCUUGGAUGCAUGGAGCUCAAAUGGUUGCGUUCAAUAUGCAGGGAUAUGGUAGAGCUCUUUGGCUGAUGCAUGGAAUGUUUAGGGCCAAUGGAGGUUGUGGUUAUGUGAAGAAGCCUGAUUUUCUGAUGAAUGUGAAUGCACAUGGUGAAGCAUUCAAUCCGAAAGCCAAAUUGCCAGUAAAGAAAAAUUUAAAGGUGAAAGUGUAUAUGGGAGAUGGAUGGCAUUUGGAUUUUAAACCAACACACUUUGAUUCAUAUUCUCCACCAGAUUUCUACACCAGGGUAGGCAUAGCAGGAGUGCCCGACGAUGUGAAUAUGGAGAAAACUAAAACCAAAGAGGACAAUUGGACACCCGUUUGGGGUGAAGAAUUUAUAUUUCCAUUGGCUGUUCCUGAAAUAGCCUUACUUCGAAUUGAAGUUCACGAGUACAAUAUGUCUGAGAAGGAUGAUUUUGCUGGUCAAACUUGUUUACCGGUUUCUGAAGUUAGACCAGGGAUCCGUGCUGUCCCCCUUUUUGAUCGCAAAGGAAAGAAGUUGAACUCAUCAAGGCUUCUCAUGCGCUUCGAGUUUGUUGAACUCUGACCUGAUGUUUCAGUACAGAUAUGUAACUUGGUUGAAUUCUUUCAAGAUUUUGAUUUCCAUGCUUUGCUGCGUAGUAUAUUCUUUGUUUUUUUUUUUUUCCCCAAAAUUUCCUGAGGAUUUGUCAUGAACCUACCAUUAUAUAUUAUCAUUUGUAAAGGAUUUUCUGUUUCUUUUCUUUAUUAGUAAUGCUCUACCUUUCAACUGGUUUUCGUA